GGUGACGCAGUGGACGGCUCAAUUCUGUGGCGCUGCGUAGAUGUCAACCAGGGUUUUUAGCAGCUAGUCAGAAGAAAACAGAUUUCAUUGUAUUUUUUAACUGCAUAAACAACGUCACAGAAUGGCCACUGAUUCAGGCUAUGGUGGCUCACAAAGCUAUGGGUCAUAUGCCGGCCAGCAGAGUGGACAGGGUUAUGGACAAGGAAACGGCAGUGGCUCUUAUGGGGGACAGAGUUACAGUGGUUAUGGACAGCCAGGCGCAGCAACACAAGAGGGUUAUGGCCAGUCUCAGCCACCGAGCUAUGAUAAUUACGGACAAGCAUCAUCUGGGUAUGGAGACAAGUCGUCGUCUUCUCAAGGGCCGCAAGGUUCCUAUGGUAGCCAGGGUCCAGGAGGAGACAGCUAUGGACAGCAAACCUCCUAUGGUGGUGGUGGUGUUGGCGGCGGGGGCGCCAGCUAUGGAAGAUGGAGUGAAGGUGAGGGAGCUGUGCAGGGUGGGAGGUUUGGACGUGACCAGGGAGAUCGUUCCGAGGGAGGAGGGGGCUUCAGAGGCCGAGGACGUGGUGGCUACGACCGUGGGAGCUAUGACCGCAGUGGUGGAUACGACCGCAGUGGUGGAUACGACCGUGGCGGAGGACCUCCUGGUAUGGGAGGUGGUGACCGUGGUGGCUACAAAAAUUACGGUGGCUCUCGUGACUUCGACUCAAGGGAUGAACCAUCUGGUGGUGAGCAGGACAACUCUGACAACAACACCAUUUUUGUUCAGGGACUCUCAGAAGAGGCCACAGUUCAGGAAAUCGGCGACUACUUUAAGCAAAUUGGUAUCAUCAAGUUGAACAAGAAAACGGGCCUGUUGAUGAUCAACAUCUACACUGACAAGGCCACCGGUCGGCCAAAGGGAGAAUGUACGGUGUCAUUUGAUGACCCGCCCUCUGCCAAAGCUGCUAUUGACUGGUUUGAUGGCAAGGAGUUCAAUGGCAAACCCAUCAAAGUGUCAUUUGCCACCCGCAGAGCUGAGUUUACACAGAGAGGAGGUGGAAGAGGAGGAGGAGGUGGUGGUGGAGGCGGCGGCGGCGGAGGAGGUGGAGGAGGAGGAGGACGAGGAGGUUUCAGAGGCCGUGGUGGCGGAGGAGGACCAAGCUUUGACAUUAAGGGAGGAGACUGGCCCUGUCCCAACAGCUCUUGUGGCAACAUGAAUUUUGCGCGGCGGCAAGAGUGUAACAAGUGUGGAACUCCCAAACCAGGAGAUGCAGGUGGAGAUCGUGGAGGAAGAGGUAGUUAUGGCGGUGACAGAGGUGGUGGUGGCUUCAGAGGUCGUGGAGGUUUCCGUGGGGGUGACCGUGGAGACCGUGGCGGCUACGGAGGAGGUGGAGGAGGAUUCGGAGGAGGUUAUAAAAUGGGAGGAAGAGGUGACCGUAGAGACGACAGAAGAGAACGGCCAUACUAGAUGUUGAGCAGAUGGAAACCAUCCCAGCCCCCAAGUUCAUCAUUGAGGGAGGGUUUUGUUUGGGGAAAACUGGGGGGGAGGGGGGACGACCGGCAAUCAGACUGAUUUGUGCACCCUUUCUGUAGCCGGUGCAUCCCAACUAUUACUGCUCAUGUGAGCGAGGAGGGGUGGAUGUGUUGAGCUACUGUAUAGGGACUUUGGGGCUGAUUGGCAUGUGGUCAAAUGUUUGUUUAUUAUUAUUUUUUUUUCUUUCCUCUGCUUUUGUUUUAUUUCUUUGUACAUCUUUUUAAUUUCCUCUCAGAUUCUAGUUGCAGAUGUUUUUGUGAGGUAGACUUCGUAUCUUGUUUUGUUUUUGUAUGAACGGAAUUACAUGUUUUAUUUUGGUUCCUUAUUUUUUUUUUUUUUUUUUUUUUU